AGGACUACAGAGCAAAGACUUAUUGUCCAAAUCAGAUCCCAUGUGUGUCACGUAUAUCCAGCCGUUUGGUGAGUCGAGAUGGGUGGAGUUUCAUCGUACAGAAGUUAUUUAUAAUGCCCACGAUCCAGAUUUUGCAUCGAAAGUGCAAAUGUCUUACCGAUUUGAAGAACAGCAGCUUCUAAAGUUUGAAUUAUAUGAUGUAGAUUCAUCUAGUGUGAAUCUGGAAGAGCAUGAUUUUUUGGGUGUAGCAACAUGUAGUCUUGGACAAAUUAUAUCAAGUGGAAAGGUUCAACUCCCAUUGUCACAGAGAGGACUUGUAACCAGUGGAGAUCAAUAUGGUCACAUGAUAAUUGUUGCUGAGGAGUUAGCAGCACUUAAAGAUGAAGUCAUCAUGCAGUUUAGUGGUACAAAAUUGGAUAAGAAGGAUUUCUUUGGGAAGUCAGAUCCAUUUUUGGUGUUCCACAAGUCAAUGGAAUCUGGAGAUUACAUUGUGGUGCAUAAAACAGAGGUUGUGAAGUACACACUGAAUCCUAAGUGGCAGAAGUUCUCAAUUCCUGUUCGAACUCUGUGUAAUGGUGACUUUGACCGAAAUAUUAAAGUGGUAUGUUAUGACUGGAACAUGAGUGGGAAUCACAGUCUCAUUGGAGAGUUUUUUGUUACUCUGCGACAGCUGUCUGAAGGACCUUCAGUGUCCAAUAUCUUCAAGUGUAUACAUCCAGAAAAGCAGAAGAAGAAGUCUUCAUACACACACUCUGGUCUGAUCAACUUGGAUUCAUUUGAAGUGCGGCAGAUUUUCUCAUUCAUGGACUACAUGAAGGGAGGAACCCAGCUGCACUGCUCCAUAGCGAUUGAUUUCACAGGUUCAAACGGCGACCCUGCCUCACCACAAUCUCUGCACUACAUAAGUAUUGUGCCAAAUGCCUAUGAGCAGGCUAUCUCAUCUGUUGGGGGCAUCAUCCAGGAUUAUGAUUCAGACAAGCUAUUCCCUGUACUUGGGUUUGGAGCUCGACUGCCACCAGACGGGAGGGUGUCACACGAAUUCUUCGUCAAUAUGAAUCCGAGUAACCCAUACUGCAAUGGGAUCACAGGAGUGCUAGAAGCUUACCGGAACUGCAUACGUCAGGUGCAGCUGUAUGGACCCACUAACUUCUCUCCUGUUAUAAACCAUGUGGCUCGCUUUGCCAGCACAUACCGAGAUGGCUCCAGCUACUUCAUUCUGCUGAUCCUUACUGAUGGUGUCAUCACUGACAUGCCACAGACUAUACAGGCCAUAGUGUCAGCCUCUGUGCUGCCCAUGUCCAUCAUCAUCGUGGGGAUUGGAAAUGCUGACUUCGGUGCCAUGGAAAUUCUGGAUGCAGACACUGUGGCUUUGACGGCAGGUGGUGUACGUGCUGCCCGUGACAUUGUGCAGUUUGUUCCAUUCAACAAAUUUGCAACCAUGGGAGAUCCUCGCAUGGCUAGAAUAAGGUUAGCACGAGAGGUGCUGGCAGAAAUACCCACUCAAUUCAUUGGCUACAUGAAAACAAACAAUAUUACACCCAAACCACCACAACAGAAUGUAUCUGUCCUGCCACCAGACCCUGAACUCAUUCAGACAACCAUUUAAAUUCCUCAGGUCUCUGCUUCAUGUUACAUGGUUCAGUUUCAGAAGGUGAUUACAUCGUGCUUAAUGUUAAUAUGUGCUUAUCUAAAUGUUUGGCUAAUUUUCAACAUGAUUAUGAAAAUAAUACUUGUUUAUUACAAGGUACAAUAGUAGUCAUAGAAUUUCCUUAUUAUAUGAUGCAAUGGAAUAAGUAAAUUAUGUGUAAAUUUUUGUGAUUCCAUUCAUUCACAAUUUAAGUCACAUUUAACAGUUUAAAAGUGCUAAACGGUACAUCUGACUUGUUCUUUAUAACUUUUCUAGUGGCAGCUGACUUUGUAUCUUCAAAUGUAGGACUUUAUUCAGGACUCAAGGCUAGCUUUAGAACAUGAAAUACUUAAUCAACGCACGAGUAGGUGCGUUUCUAAUCUGUGAUAUUACUAAUGAAGCUUUUGAUUUUUACACACAUGAAUUGGAUCCACCUUAUGUGCAAGGUACUGUGUUAUUUGUUUGGUCUAAGCUGUGAACUGAUUAUGUAAAAUUUACAUUUUAGAUUUUAUAGUCUUAGGUUUGAUGCAUCUCAGGAACAUCAGCCAGUUUGGCUACAAGCACCGUGGUAAAACAUUUGUGUAAUCCUUUGAAGCCGAAACUCGUCUAAAUAAUAUUUAACAAUUCAAUCCAUACCUCAAAAAACACAGAACAAUUUUUACUUACAAGGAGCUAUUUAAGUAAAUAAUCCUCAUUUAUGGUGAUAAUCAUAUGAACCCCAGAAGUACAAAAUCCAGAGUAACUGGUUGUUAAAGCAUGCGAUACAUACAGUGACACCUGGACUUCAAAGGGUUAGUAUGGGUGCAAAUGAUAUUAAAGUAUUGGCUUUUAUUUCUGCUUUUGAUGAGCAAUUUAUGUUAAAUGACUCUAAUCUCAAAUCUUUGCAUGUGUUAGAAGGUAAUGCUGAUAGUGUUCCGAGAAAUCCAGUAUGCUGCAACAGUAGAUGCAAACACUGCGUUGUCUUUUAUUCUGGCUGUAAACAGUUUGUACUUCAUCUCUGCAGGUUCUUCAUAUCUGACUGAACUCAGCAUGUGUUUACAGAUAAGUGAUUCAACAUUAUCUUGCUGAAUGUCAUAGCCAAGUUGUUAGAACUUGUGCUUCUUACCCUCUCUAGGUAGCCCUGUAUUUAAAUCCUGAGCCAGAAUCAACUUUCGUGACUGACAUUUAUUGAAUUUUUCCUUUGCUGGGAUUUUACCUGAAGAUAGACCAAGACUUCUUUCUUCCACCUUCAUUCCAGCACAUCAUUCAAUAAUUGCCCUGUCAGAGAAGCUGCAUAUGCAGUGCAGUUGAUGAGGCAUUGUUUAAUUUAUGAAUGUCAGACAACAUUAGUUUGGUAAAAUCAAACUACUAACAACACAUUCAAGGUUAUGAGAGUUACACUUGACAACCAGUUUUCAUUAAGGACUACUGGUUGGUUACUAUACUCUUCAGAGGUCAUGAAAUGUGGCCAAUUUCUGCGUUACUGAAAUUUCUUCAUUUAAAAAUAAUGACAAUAUGUCAGGCUGAUUGAGUUCAGAUUAUGACAUGUUGUGGAAGCUCGGAACGGGAUUAGAAUACCAAUACUUCGGUGAUUUAUAUUUUACAUUGGUGUGGUUGUAAUUUUACAAAGGAAGAAUGAUUUUUACAGCAAUUAAUCCUGGAAAGUGAAAAAUAUUUAGAAUGACAGGCUUUGUGAUAGCAGGAGAUACAGGCUGACAUAUGACAAUGAAUUCUGCUUAAUAUAUCAUAAAGGGAAGUGGAGAGUAUCUGACACAAGUUGUUCUUGCACAGUUAUUAAAAAUCUUACACCAGGUCAGGAAGUGCAAGCAGGAAGUGCAUCAAAACUUCUGCAUUGAAAGUUACAAUAAGAACUUGUAAAUUACUUGUUUGACUUUAUUAGGGUAUGAGGUAAGUUAUCUAUUCUGAAAAUUUUUAUGCGUCUGUCUUUAUUCAUGUUUCAAACUCUAUUUAACAGAAUAUCAUUACUGUAUCUCUAAGUUCCAAUGGUAGCAAAAGCUAAAAUGUGACCUUGGGGAAGAGUUUAUGUUAUAGUUGCAUCAUACAAAGGCUCACAAGAAAUUAAUAAACUGCAGAUUAAUUGCUGCUAAUCCAAAAUAAACUUUUGCAAGUAGAUGCCAACAGUCGGACAUGUUACCGAUGUUCUGUGUUGCCAUAUUGAAGUAUGUUAAUAAAAGUAAGAAGCUUUUCACUUUUCUGAAUUUUUAUACCUCAGACUCUACUGAGAUUUUAACAUAAUAAAAGUUGCACAAACAUAAGCACUCUAUUCAUAAAUCUUUAACAUUUUUUGUUGUUGUAUCUUAAUUAUUAAUAUAUGGCUGCUUCAACAUGCUUUUUUUUUCUUCGAAACUGUAAUGCAGUAUCUUAGUUAUUAAUAUAUUGCUGUAUUAACAGAAGGAAGUACAGAAACGCAAGAGUAUAGAAUUAUAUGUGUCCAUGUCAAAGUAUUCUAGAUAUUUCAAUUUACCAUACCUUUAAUGUGUUUUAUGCUGUAAGGGUAUGUGCAUUUGUAACUUACAAGUCAGCUCUUAGAUUGCAUUAAUGUACAUGAUCUGAAACAUCAGUUUGUCCCAUUGUUUCUGACAAGGGUCACUGUAUUAAUCUGUUUUUUGCUGUGGUUCUUGCAUCUUGUGUGCAGAGAAAUUUGUGUUCAUUUGUGUAUAGCUUUAGCACUGUGAAUGGGGGAUACCAUUUUUACCUGAAUCUAAGGCAGCCAUAUUCAUAAAAGAAAAAAAAAUCCAACAGGAUUAUACAUUUAUAUAUUCCCCUUGCCAAUUCCAUAUCUUGCAGCAGCUAAAUACUUGUUUAUUUUAGUUUUCAAACAUUACUUUAAAAUUUGUGAUGUAGAUUUGUAGUAAGUGGUUUUCUUAUGGUUAUGAUCCACAUUAUUAUGUUUACAGCUGCAGCAUACAUUUGCUACAAAGUUGCCAUGACUCUCUUACGGAAGACAGCUAUUCAGCAAUUAAACUGAAUUUUAAUUAAUGCAGUUCAUUACUCUCAUUGUUGUGCUAGAGUUCAUUCUCAACAAUAUUUUGCUCAUAUUUAAUUUCAAAAUCUCUUCAGUUUGAGGUAUUUUCCAUCUUAACCACUAUAUUAAUGUUUAUUGUAUGAGUAUAGUGUAUUUAAACCCCCAAACAGAGGGACUGCUGGCAACAGCUGCCAAUUCCACAUCUACGAUCGUGUCUUUCUGAUGACAGGAAGUGAUGCAUGGUUUGUAAAGGUUACUGCAUGAAUUAGGGAAGACAACUGAUGAAAAUAAUAAACCUCUGCAAUGUGCUGUCUGGUUCUCUGUGUCAGGUUUGCAUAGAAGUAACACUGUAUGCCGUGCUGUCUUCAGCAAGACCAGUGUUUGCAUCCAUCCCAUCUCUUUCAGUACAGUAAUUACUUUUGCCUUCAUUCUUGCACAUCACUUCUUUAAAUUAACUUAGAUGUUUAUUUCUCUUUAACAAAAAUCACUUUCUAAUCACAUUCACAUUUCUUCAUGUGCCAAGAUGGGAAUACACAUCUUUAUGCGAUAAAACUGUAUUUCCUUUGCCUUUCCUUAAAGUUUUUAUAAAGUUAUAUAUUUAUACCUCCCUUGAUUGAACCAGUGUCGUUACUGGAAACACUAGAGUUCUUCAGAAAUACAUAAUGUAACAGCAUGCCUCCUAGCUUGAAGUUAAAUCAAUAGAACAAAAAAUUUUGCAGUACUUUUUUAUGUGAAAAAUGGUGCUUACAGAAAUCACUCUUUUACAAAAUUUGUGAGAUUCUUUCCCUCUGUCUUUUGCUCAAAGUCUUUUACUUUGUACUUGGAGAAUAGUUUAAUUAUGAUGAAACUAGUAUUUGUAGUGCAUGGCAAAGAAGUCAGCACAGUAUGUGUUGUUUUUUGAAUGUAACAGAACAUGCUCUGUAUUGUUGUGUUUGCCCUUUUACAAACUUUCACACAUUCCUAAUUUUAAGGAAUGACAAAUGUAGGUUGCAGUGGGUCAUUGUUUCCAGCACCAUGAUAUGUCAUUGCCCUCACUAAACUUUGCUCAUAAUAAAUUCUAGAUGUGCUCAUUUGUUACAGUGUUCAGUAACAUGUUCUCUUUGAUCAGCAGUCGUUAUAAAAUCCAUUAUUUUCAUCCACAUGGUGAUUGCGAAAGCUCAGUAAAAGAUUGCACAGCUGAGUGAACUGAAUUUCAUCCUUGGUUCUUUGUCAUUUAUAUAUAUAAGGAUUCUUCUGGUGAUACAUAAUGGUGUGUUAUGCUGACACCUUUUCAACUAAUUCCAUGAAACAUGGUCAUUCCUGUAUUUAGUCUUUAGGCACUUUUGUUUUUCCUAUAGGAACUCCCAUUAGAAGAAACUGAUCAGGUGAUCUUGCUGGCCAAUUUAUGCCUCCAUUGCUGGGCAUUCCAAUUCUACAGUACUUGUACAUUUACAGUUGCUGUCAUUUUGUUGUCAUAUUUAUUUAAAGUGAGGCUUGAAUCUAAAAUCACACAUCAGACAGUUACUUGUAAUGGAUGUAAAGGUUGUCCGAUUCUCACUGGGAUUUUUCAUGGCUGACACUGUGUAGCUUUGUUUAUUCAUCUAACCAUGAAGAUGACAGUGUGAUUCAUUGCUGUAUUAGAUAGAAGGUUAACUCAUUGUUAUUAUCAGCAAGUUCCAGUAAACUGAGUGAAAAAUUCUGUUCUGACUUAUAAGUAUGUUGCUAUUCCUGGACUAAUUGAAUUUUAGUCAGUCACUAAAAAUCCUUGUUCUGUUGAUUUUGAUGAACUCUUUAAUGUACUUUUUUCCCAACUUGUUCCAUGUUUCUCAGAGCAGAUAUGGUCUACCAGACCAUUGUUCAUCUGCCACAGUGCCAUUUUCAUGGAAUCUGGACGUGUAUCAUUUAAUAACAUGUCUUGAUGAAGCAUUAUGAAUUGGCAACAUUCUUUGCAAGCUCUUUUAGAAGCAGUUAUGGACGAUCUGUCUUUUAAGUACAGUUCCACUAUAGCAGAUUCUUCAAUUGUCCAUCUUUCCAUAUCUUCAAACUCAGAAGACUACAUUAUUAUCUGAAGGCAAGAUGGCAGUAAUAUAUGUUAGAGUUCCAAAGUUAUUGGAAGUAAAAUAAUUUGAGCAGAACAGAACUGUACUAAAUUUGUGGUAACUUUUGCAUUGCGUAACAAAGACCUUACUACUUCGCUAGUAAUGGAUCAAUUCUGUGUUCUUUCCCAGUGCUGCUGCAUAUUUCAUAAUGAAAUGUGGUAAUUAGGCUGUCCAGUAAAAAUAUUGGCAGAUCUGCUAGAUCUGGAACAAACGAAAUAUGUAUGUCAGUUUAGUUCAAAUUAUAGUUUUGUUUCUAUUUUUGUACUGUAAGUUGGAGCCAGUGGAUGAUAACUGGGUUUAUUUAUUUUAUUGCCAGCAUUUCUUAGGACCAAGUUUGUAGUCAGUCUGACAACAGAUGACCAUAGCCAGGGACAUGAGCUGUCAUGAUUGGAAACAGAGUAAGCACAGAAUUUUCAUAAGAAUCUUGUAAAGAACUGAUUAUGAUUUUAGGCCAUUAAUUCGUUAAUUCAAAACAUAUGAUAGGGGUUUAUUUCAGAUGCCUGCCCCUCACAUGGCUUCAUCUGUUACAUUUUGUCAUGUGCUCAGAAAGGGAUCCAUAUGAUCAUCUUAGCAAUAAGUUGUAAGAUGCUGCAGACUUGGUCACAUUCCUAGUGUAACUGUAUGCCAGCCAUGUGGUGGGUGGCUUGUGGUUGCAGUCUCUUGUUAAGAUGUUCAAUAUUCUAUAUUAUAUCCUUACAUAUAUUUAAUAAAAUACUUUAUAUGUAUUUUCAUGACAUGAAA